GCGGUUGAAGCUGUUGCUCUUGCAGAGAUCAAGGCUAUAUCAAACAAUGAUGGCUCAACUGGAAUUACACUUACGUUUGAGGGGUAUUCAUCUCUGGUCCGCAGAGCUCGAGAUGCUGAGGAGCUAUCUAAGAAGAGAGUAGUAGAUGCUAUGGAGCAAGUCGAUGAUGCAAACAUAUCAAACAUGGAAAUUUUGAAAAAGGUAGAGGAGGCAACUGAAGAAGUCAAAACCAGUAGAAAGGCAUUGGAAGAAGCUCUGAGCACAGUGGAGGCUGCAAAUAAAGGGAAGUUAGCAGUUGAAGAAGCUCUUCGCAAAUGGAGAUCUGAACAUGGUCAAAGAAGAC